UUUGCGGUCGCACUGAGUUGCAUAAACAAAAAAAGCUGUUUACUCUAUUCGUUAUCAGCUUAAUAGUUCAAAAUCAGUUGACGCGCCAAUGAGUGGCCUACGAUCAUUAUUUGUUGGGGCUUCUGCGGAAGUUGAAACUCAGUUGUCGGAUGGCAGUGAAUCGGUGCAGCCGUGAUUCAUAUACAUACAUUGCGAUUUUACCCUUUGCAUAUAACAUGUUUUUGCACUUAAGCAGCUUAACUAGUAUUCGCUAAAUAGUUUAACAAGCUUUAAUUGAGUCGACAUGGUGGCUUAUGGAUCGAACAGUAGCAGUUCAUCCCAACUAACAGACCCCACAAACCGUGAAACGUGGGACAGUGGGAAAAUGCAGUCGGCGACGCAUUCCAAAGAUGGUCAUAUCGAAGUCACGGAGGAGAAGCAUCUUCAGGAUGCGGAGGACUACUUGGAGCACCUGCUGAAGGACGGCAGUCAGGAGGGCGAUAGUGAGUCGGAUCUGGAAUUACCGCCAUGGUACAAUGAGCAGUUAUUCAAGCGAGGGCAGAGUUACAUUAGAAAAUAUCGCUUCGUGAUUAAUGCAGGAAUGCUUGCGGGCCUAAUUGCCGUGCUGGCUGUUCCCUCAAUUCUCCGGGUUCUUUCCUGCACACGCCAAUCCUCGACAGCAUUCACUGCCUACCGACGGUACGUGCGAACCAUCUUCCACACGCAAGCCUGGUACAACUUCAACAUUUCGGACCGAGGUAGUAGGUUUUGGACAAGCAUUUCGGCUGUGAGGCAGGCCCACAGCCGCUCCAGUCGUGCCUGUGCCCGCAAGGGAGCUGGCCAGAUUACCCAGAAAGAUUUGGCUCUUACUCAGUUUGGAUUCAUUGGCUUCAUAACGAUGGGCGCACACCGCAUUCAGCUGUAUGACCAGGAUUUCCUGGAGGCUACCAGUCACAUGUGGCGCGUGCUGGGUUAUCUGCUCGGCAUCAAGGACGAGUACAACAUCUGCGGCAGGAACUGGGCGGAAUCGAAGCAUCGCUUGGACAUUGUGAUGCGAAAGGUUUACGAGCCAUCCUUGGAAAAGACCAGCGAUGAGUUUUACUCUAUGACAGAGGCUCUGAUUAAUGGCCUUUGGCAUAUAAACACAAUGUUGUCAGUGAAUGCCAACAUAUUCUUUGCCAAGCGACUAGCCUGCGUGAAGGGCUACGAGUACUAUAGCUUCGAUCACGAGAACGGAGUGCGACAAGAUCCCCAGCAAAAGCUGCAUUACUACGACAUGGGCUGGUGGGAUCGAUUUAUAGUUAGCUACGGCCUAUUUCUUGUCACCUACCUGCACAAGUACGCCCUUGUGCGAUGGUACCUGAACUUCCGCGUCUGGCUGGUGGACAUACUGACCUAUUACUUGCCCUAUAUGGCCAUUUGGAAAUUUGGCUUCAAGUCCGCUUACGUGCGGAUCUUCCGGAACGGAGGAGAGCCACAAGACUUUACUUUGAGCCUCAAAGACGAUUAAUUUGUUUUGAUUUGUGGAAUUUAGUCAGUAGGUAACUUAUUAUAAAAUACGCAAUGAUAUUGGGGCAAUAAAAUAAAUAGAGACUGUUAUUCGA